ACAGAAGAAGAUGGAGAUUUGCGACCCGAUCGCCUGAAAAUAGAGACAAGAAAUGGUGGAAGAUCGCGAAAGUCUUCUUUCUGUCUGGCAGAGUGACCGCGUGUCUUGCUGCUGCUCUCUCUGUGCAGCAGAAGGGAGAGAGGGAGGGAGAGUCGCCGAUGGAUGAUGAUGGUCAUGAUGUUGCCGUCCGCGAGGAAGAAAUUACGGGAAGACCGCAAUUGCGCGCACGAAGGCGCAGCAGCUCGCAUCAAGCUUGCCGUGUCGGCAGGACGGGACAAAAAGAUGAUCGCUAGAUCGUAGCUUUGUCGCCCUGGAAAUGCUUCGAUUUCUGUGGUAGUGUUGGGAGUAGAGCAGUGGGCUUGAAUGUUUUUGGUGUUGAAACCUCUCAAGAAACCGCGAAUCGAGGGGAGUGAGAGGUAGGAGAAACUGUGCCAGAAACGGAGGGGUCGUUUGAUAGAUCACCUUCUUCGGUGGUAAUUGGGAUAGAGAAUGGCAAGUAAGAUGAUGAAUUCGGUGGUUGCCUUCUUCGACGAGCCGUUUGCUGAUGCGGUGGUAUUGGGUUUCAAAAUUGAUGGACAUUUGCUGGUAGAAGCAGUUCUUAUUGCUGCCAUCGUCUUCCUGCUGAUGCAGAAAAGUUAUCAACCCGAAAAGAAACCCCUCACGCAAAAUGAAAUUGACCAAUUGUGCGAUGAGUGGGUCCCUGAUCCUUUGCACCCUCCUAUCACCGAAGCAAUGCAAGCGAAAGUUCCAGUCUUGGAAAGUGCCGCAGGCCCUCACACAAUUGUUGCCGGGAAGGAUGUUCUAAACCUUUCGUGUGCAAACUAUCUGGGUCUAGUUGGCCACCCAAGAGUGAAGGAAACUUGCAAUUCUGCCCUUAAUAAGUAUGGGGUUGGUGCUUGUGGUCCUCGUGGGUUCUAUGGAACAAUAGAUGUGCAUCUUGAUCUGGAGGCCAAAAUAGCACAGUUCUUGAAGACUCCUGAUUCCAUCCUUUAUUCUUAUGGUCUUGCCACAAUUGCAAGUGUUAUUCCCGCCUUUUGUAAGCGGGGAGAUCUCAUACUAGCGGAUGAAGGUGUUCAUUGGGGAAUCCAGAACGGGCUCUACUUAUCUAGAAGCACUGUGAAACUCUUCAAACAUAAUGAUAUGAAACAUCUGGAGUCUCUGCUCGAGGAAGUUUUCCGAGAAGACAAGCGCAAGAAGAAAGCAUUGAAUCGUCGCUUUAUAGUUGUUGAAGCUAUUUACCAGAAUUCAGGUCUUAUGACGCCUCUAGAUGAAGUUAUUCGUCUGAAGGAGAAGUACAAGUUCAGAGUUCUAGUUGACGAGAGCCACUCUCUCGGUGUACUUGGAAAGACAGGCCGUGGUAUUACAGAACAUUUCAAUCUGCCGGUUGAAAAAGUUGACAUUCUAACUGCAGCCAUGGGGCAUGCCCUGGGCUCUGUUGGAGGAUUUUGUACUGGAAGUGCCAAAGUAGUGGACCAUCAGCGUCUCAGUGGUGCAGGUUAUUGUUUCUCAGCAUCGCUGCCUCCUUAUUUAGCAAGUGGAUCUAUUGCCGCCAUUGAAAUUAUUGAGGAGAAUCCAGAUCUCCUAGUUAACUUACGGAGAAACAUCAUCACUUUUCGCAGAUCCCUAUCGAACAUUCAGGAAGUGGUUGUAAGCGGUCACAAUUUCUCGCCCCUUAUAUUUCUCCACCUGAAGACUCCAAGUUCACCAGAUGUUGAUGGACUUCUCCUCCAGGAGAUUGCCGACCAGAUGCUCGAGAAAGAAUCUGUGCUCAUAAGCGUGACCAAGCGUUCUUUCCUGGACAAAUGCAAAUUCCCCAUCGGUCUACGGCUCACUGUUUCAGCUGCACAUACAGAGGAAGAGCUUCAUGCAGCAGCCGGAUCAUUGCAACGUGUUGUACAGAUUGUUUUACAACAGCGAUGACCUCUGCUUGUGCCUUUUUUGAGAAUUUUCGCCUUAUGCUAGAUGAAAAGGUUGAGCAGUGCAAGCUGAUCCAAAAGAAAUGUGUUUUAGAUCCUGUAUCGAUCGGCUGAGAAAAAACUUGGUAGUAAUGGAGGAAAGUCAAAAUGGUCUUGCCAUUCAAGGCCCUCGUUGUGUAAAUUAAUUGAAGGUGGUAGGAUGAUAAAGAUUAAAGUAAAUGCAGCCAAUUUCUUGUUAAUCAAUGUCACUUUGGCACUUCUUUCUCUUCUUCCGAACGUAGUUUAGCAUAUAAUAAACCAACAGGGUUGGUGUGAAAGAGAAUUUGGUCUUUGUAGAUCCUUCGAAGCUAGUCACAAUAUGCUCGCCCGGGGUUCCAAAUCGAGAGUCUUCUCGAUUCCUUGGGAUUCUCACGUUACAAGGACGUCACCUUGUGUAAACCACCUCUCCUUGGAAGUAAAUGUACUUCUAUUCC